AUGUCCAACGCCGGCCGUCAAUCCUUCACCGACAAGAUGGGGAGCAGCAUGAAGCCUGACUCGCAAAAGUCGGCCACCGAGCAGCUCGGCGACAAGGCCAAGGGCAUGUACGAAAACGUCGCGUCCACGGUGCAGCCUGAGAAAUCGGGCACGCAGCAGGCCGGCGACGCCAUAUCUGGAAACUCCAACGAAAACCAGGACUCGAUUAUGGACAAGGCCAAGAACGCCAUGGGCUUUGGCAGCUCGGGGACUGGCGAUAAUAACUAA